AUGGCUUUCGUUCGGAUGCUACUUUGCUUCCUGGUCUUGUCUGCAGGAUUUCAUGCAAUCUCAUCCGAGACUAACCCCAGUGAUGUUGCAGCACUUCAAUCUUUCAAAGAAAAGUUGCAAAACACUCCACCGAGUUGGAGCAAUGGGGAUGAUCCUUGUGGAGCAAAGUGGGAUGGAGUUACCUGCAGCAGCACGAGGGUGACUUCAUUGAAAUUGUCAUCAAAAGGACUAGUUGGGGAGCUGAGUGCUGACAUUGGUGAACUCACUGAAUUGACAUCCCUGGAUCUGUCAUUCAACCAAGGACUUUGCGGUUCCCUCACUCCUCAUAUAGGAGAUCUACAAAAGUUGGAAACAUUAAUCUUACAAGGAUGUAGCUUCACUGGCACUUUACCUCCUGAGUUGGGAAACCUUGGGCAGUUGUCCUUUCUAUCGUUGAGAGGAAAUAACUUCACUGGUGAGAUACCAUUUACUUUGGGAAAUAUCACCAAAUUGCAAUGGCUCGACCUAGCUGAUAAUCAGUUGACAGGAUCUAUCCCUGUUUCAACAUCAACAUCUCCAGGAUUGGACCAUCUUAAAAAUGCUAAACAACUCAUUUUUAGCAAAAACCAGCUAUCUGGUCCAAUCCCUCCCGAACUUUUCAGCUCUGACAUGGUCCUAACACAAGUAAUGUUUGAUAAAAAUCAAUUCAGUGGAGAAAUUCCUUCUAGUAUUGGACUAGUACAAACAAUUCUCACACUACGUCUAGAUGGAAAUUCCCUCGUUGGCAACAUCCCUUCAAACGUUAACGAACUGAAGAAUCUCAUGUUGCUGGAAUUACAAAACAAUAUGCUAUCUGGUCCAUUGCCAAACUUAGCUGGAUUGAAUAACCUUUUUCGCUUGGACUUGAGCAACAACUCUUUUCAAAAAUCCGAAGCUCCAGCCUGGCUUUCAGCCUUACCUUCUCUUAAUAUACUGAUUAUUGACAACGGACCAUUUUAUGGAUUGGUUCCCACAGACAUCUUCAACUUGCCACGGAUUGUUGUAGUGAGUCUGAGGAGCAAUGCAUUUAGUGGCACAUUACAUCUCAGUAGCAACAUCAACCGUGGACUUCAACUCGUCCGUUUGGAGAACAAUGGCAUAUCCUCUAUAACAGUUGAUUCAACAUUCAAGCAGACAUUUAGCUUGUCUGGAAAUCCAGUUUGCAGUUCUGCUCAGGCCAAUGUCACAACGUUCUGUCAAGCACCAUCGACUGAGCCUUGA